AGAAGAAGAAGAAGAAGAAGAAGAAGAUGGUGAAGUUGAGGGCGAGAUGUCUGCUCGUCGGAGAUGCUUCAGUGGGGAAGAGUGCUCUCUCCCACAUGUUCCACAGUGACGGAACUCUCUUUCCGAAGAAUUACAGCAUGACAGCCGGAGUGGAGCUUCUGAUGAAAUGCGUCCAAAUCCCAGAGACCAGCGACAGUGUGGAGCUCUACAUCAUAGACUCUGCAGGGAAGCAGACAUUAGUGGACGCCUGCGAGAAGAUGGUGAGACUUCUUCUCUAAACUAGUGAAACUCCCACAGAGUCCCACGUCUGUCGUUGGUUUGUGGAUGUUUUGAAGCCUCCGGUUCAGUGAUUUCGCCGUCGCCAUCUUGUUUUUUGC